CCCGUUUUCUCAUUCUGGACAGGUCCGUGUGUUCGUCCUGGGAAGCGACGUUGCCCAGCUUUGCCCAGUUGCUCUUUGUACACUCAAAGACUCAACGGCGCCACAUUGCGAGUGUGUGGAGGUAUCAUUUUACGAUGCACAACCCCGCACUCGCCACUUCAGUUGCAACGCUCGAGUCUAUCACGGCGGCCUUUGAGGCCGUCUCCUUUGAGCAGCUACUACACCACUUCACGACGUGCCACGAGCCGUUCGUCGUCCUCUCUGGUGUCUCGGUCGACCUCUUCAACGCCUACUUUGAGGACGACGAGGAAGCUCCCUUUCGCUUGCGCUUUGUGGACCUCGUCGACGGUGACGUUAUCAUUACGGAUGUUGCAUCGCUUCAGGCUUCAGGCAAGGAGCUUGAAUCGAUUGGCUCGUUCACGGCGUCACGCGGCCAAGGCAUCAAGAAGAAGCAGGCCGACGCGACGUUUGGGCCACGGCGCCGCACGCUCAACCGAGGCCCACCGCCGACGCUCGAUGAAGGACCACCGCGCGUGCUGCGUAAGCUCAAGAGCUGGGUGACGCUGGCUGUCGAGGUUGGCCACUAUCAGACGUGGAAUGGGCUUGAAGCCGCGGGCAACUGGUGGUCCCACUACGUUGGCGUCAAGUACGUGCUUUUGAUGAAAGUCAACGAGAACGCGACGACGUUGGAGUACCGAUUGCACAAGAUUUCGCAGAUCGGCGACCUCCCGGUGCCGUCGCAGCAAGGAACGCUGACGGUCGAGGACGACGCAGCUGCAGGUGAUCACAUCCUCCGCUUCGACACGCGCGUCGUUUUGGCGAUUCCUCCUGGACUGCCGUUGCCCUCUGGAAUGAACGACGUUUGCAACGUGAGCUUGCUCGACCUGCUCCAAGAAACAAAUGAUGGCAUGAUCAGCGAGUAGCUACUAGAUACGAUCUCAAGCACGUCGUAGUUUUAAGUUGAAGGUGCAGCUUGGAGGUCCUCUUUGAUAUACCAGCGCUAUACUCA